AUGGCACUACAGCUCCUGUGCCAGAGCUGUAACAUGAAAACAGCUGUCCAUAGCAUCGCCAGAGCCAAAGUGAAUCUAUUUCAAGUUGUGUACUUGAAGAAAGUUUUGCGCAGAGACAUGGCGGAGUGGACGCUACUGAAACGGCUGCUUGAUGCAGUUCAUCAGCACUCAACUAUGAUCGGGAGACUAUGGCUUACUGUCAUGGUUGUUUUUCGUCUGCUGAUUGUGGCUGUGGCUACAGAAGAUGUUUACACAGAUGAGCAAGAGAUGUUUGUUUGCAACACCAUGCAGCCUGGAUGCUCCAAUAUCUGCUAUGAUUCUUUCGCCCCUAUUUCGCAGCCUCGUUUUUGGGUGUUCCAGAUUAUAAUGGUAUCCACACCUUCCCUCUGCUUUAUCAUUUACACCUGGCAUAACCUGUCAAAACAGCCUGAAGGAGGAAAUAAUUUUUCCUGCGAAUCUGAGAGACAUCCAGGACAUAGCUCUGCAGAUAUCACUGAAAGGACUGAUUUCUGUGUAAAUAAAAAAAGUAAUAGCAUUAAAAGAGCACGAUCGAAAGGUUUCAGAGAAGGCAAUAAAAAGACUGGGAGCCUUUUAAAAUAUUAUGUCUUUCACGUGUGCUUCCGUGCAGCAUUGGAAAUGGGCUUUGUUUUCGCUCAGUGGGUUCUUUUUGGUUUCCAGGUUCCUUCACAUUUUGCAUGCACAGCAUUUCCGUGCACCCAGACAGUUGACUGCUAUGUUUCUCGGCCCACCGAGAAGACCAUUUUCUUGCUUUUCAUGUUUUCUGUCGGGGUCUUCUGCAUCUGCCUAAACCUUAUGGAGCUGAAUCACUUGGGGUGGAAGAAGAUCAAGGAGUCUUUACUUAAACAGGAGGUGUCACAGGCUGGCUAUCAGGAAAUAGAAAGCCAAGAUGAAAAUUCUAUCAACUCUCUCAGGUUCAGGGAGGUCACGAGUACUACCUCACUUCCAACCUUAGAACUCGUUAAAGAAAACAACCAGCAAUGGACCUGCAUUGGACACUGCUCUCCUGUAAGUCAGGGAACAGGGAGUGUGUCGUUGCCUUACUCUGAAAUACAGACGCAAGACAAUCUUAGAGCUCCGUCCUUAAAGACCAAGAUCGGUCAAAAUAGAAGCUUGAAGCAGAAGAACGUAGAAGUCUGGAUAUGA